AGCAGAUGAGCGCACGACGGCCCUAGGAACCUUCGUGCUUGGGUGUCUGUGUUUCCCGUCGGUCCAGCGGUGCAGCUACCCCGGCUGAGCCAGUGCAAACUAAAGGACGCUGCAGGUCGGGCGAGCAUGUCUAGCUUCUCUAGGGCACCCCAGCAAUGGGCCACUUUUGCCCGAAUGUGGUACCUCUUGGAUGGCAAAAUGCAGCCCCCUGGCAAGCUUGCGGUCAUAGCAUCCAAUAAACUUCAAGGAUUAAAUAAACCAGUGUACCAUCAGCUGAGUGACUGUGGAGACCACGUUGUCAUAAUAAACACAAGACAUAUUGCAUUUUCUGGAAACAAAUGGGAACAAAAAGUGUACUCCUCGCAUACUGGCUACCCAGGUGGCUUUAGACAAGUAACAGCUGCACAGCUUCACCUCAGAGACCCAGUGGCGAUUGUGAAAUUAGCUAUUUAUGGCAUGCUGCCCAAAAACCUGCACAGAAGGACAAUGAUGCAAAGGCUGCACCUUUUUCCAGACGAGGAUAUACCAGAAGACAUUCUUAAGAAUUUAGUGGAAGAGCUUCCUCAGCCACGGAAAGUGCCUAGACGACUGGACGAGUACACGAAAGAAGAAAUGGAGGCUUUCCCGAGAGUGUGGGCUCCACCUGAUGAUUUCCGGAUGUAGGAGAUACCGGGAAUGGAAAUGAUCGAAAAUUACUGCAAGAGACUGAAUGCUUCAGGAAAUAUUCCCAUGACCCAGGGCAGAGAGAAAACGCGGGAGCUCCCUGUGGGAAACACUUAGGAAGGCCAGGCAGCAGCAGGAACGUGCUGUUUUAUAGAAGUGUCUUGUGUAACCGUCUUUAAAUGCUAUAAAUGUUAAUAAAAUGCUUAUUUGGUUAUCUA